AAAAAUGUUAGAGAGAGACUUGAAAUUUCAGUUGGUGUCUCAGGUAUAAUUUAGUAGAACUGAUACAGCGCGACACUUUUGCUGGACGGCAGUGUAGGGCCAACAUGAUUGAAUUAUAUUGUCAUGCAUACGAAAACGAUUUACGUAGAUUUACCUACAAUCUGUGCGUAUGUGUGUGUGUGCGUGUGCGUGUGCAUGCGCACUAUAUAAAUAUUAUAUCUAUGUUAAAUUAUGCAAAUUGUAGUAUAACAUAGCCUAGCUAAGUAAGUCGCAGCAAGCGAGUAAUUUCGAAUUUCGGCACCGAUGCGGAGGGGGGAGAGACACUAGGCUUACCAAGAGAGGGAGAGACAGACAGAGAGAGAGAGGGGAUUAACUAUAGUUGCCUAAGUUCAAUGUGUUUCUUAAACUAAGUUGUUAACUGUCUAAAUAUAAAUAUACACGUAAACAUAUACAUAUGUAUGUAUGAGUGUGUCUCCAUGUUUAUCUAUGCAUGUGAAUCGCUAGUUUACACACUUGCACUCAAUGCAAAAACACAAAACACAAAACUGAUAAAUUAUAUUUUAAUGAAACAUCAGCAAUGCAUUUUGAUUCGCGCCUAUAUAAGACCCAAAGCCGAUUCCACUGCAAUCGAGCAAAAUGUUUCAGUUUCUAUUGCUUGGCCUGCUGGCAGGAGUCGGUGCAUGGGGGACGGAGUACUUUGAGAACUAUUAUAAUGAGAUCGACGUGGACGAUGAGCUGGCCGAGGUGAAGACCCGCAAUGCCAUGUCAUCGCCGCGGCAGCUGUGGCCCAGCACGAGGAUCUACUAUCGCAUCGCCAGCGACUGCAGCCCGGAGGAGGUGGCUAAUGUGCACACGGCCCUGGCCACGUUCAACGAGCAGAGCUGCCUGCAGUUCGAGGAGCUGACGGGCCCGGCUCCUCCCGGCAGUCGCUAUGUCUACUAUAAGAAAUCGGAUAGGCUCUGCGGCACUCGCAUUGGCUACAAUCCCCUUCCGGUUUUCGGUUCCGGCUCGCACGAUGUCCUGCUCUCUCCGAAGUGCAUGGCCGUACCGGGCAUUAUACAGCACGAGACACUGCAUCUGCUGGGGCUCUACCACGAGCAGAGUCGUCCCGAUCGCGACGAUCAUGUUGUUAUCGAUUACGAUAACAUUCCGCGCAAGUACUGGCCCCAGUUCAUGGCCACCUCGUCGAGCACCACGACCACAUACGAUGUGCCCUAUGACUUUGAGAGCGUCAUGCACUAUCCGAAAAACGCCUUUGCCACGGAUCCCAGUAAGCCCACCAUACGCGCCCUGGUCGAUGGGGUUCCCACGGAGCGGGAGAUGGGACAGACGGUGGGCCCCACUGAGGGCGAUUUAUUCAAAAUACGCAAGAUGUACAAAUGCGAUCAAACUGCACAAUAGAGAAAGGAAAGAGAGAACGAGAGAGAGAGAGA